AUGGUUGUGCCAUCGGACAAGUUUAUUCAGCACCUGUGUCGGAAGGGCAAAACAACACAGAAUGUGAUGGCUGCAUGUGACUUUGACAUGGUCUUCACAUUUGUCCUGGCUGGGUGGCCUGGAUCAGUGCAUGACAUGAGAGUCUUCGAUGAUGCAAUGACAACAUACAAGGAUGAACUUGGUGGUGCUCUAGGGAAAUACUAUCUGGUGGACUCGGGCUAUCCAAACCGACCCAGUGACUUCGACCGCCUUGACCGUAAUGUCAACUUUGUGCAUCUGGAAGCAUAUAUGGAUCAGCCGGAGUGUGUCCGUGCGCCCACCUCUGCAGAAUGUGAACAGAUGAAUGCAUUUCGUGACUCCAUCGCAAAUGGUUUGUACAAUAGGUCUUGA